GUGCCCAGUGCGCCCACCGCCCAGGCCAUUGCAAGCAAGAUGCAACGAUAACCGUACACCCAGGCAAACUCUAUAUAAAGAGCCCAACUCACCAGUCUUGAACGUGUAUACACAUACCACACAGCAUCCAUAUGGCUUCGUCAAGAAUCCUUCGCUCUUCACCUCUCCUCGUCGCCGCGUCCAUCUUGGUAGCCUUCACCGCCGUCUCCGGCGCCGGCCAGGUCGCCGUUUACUGGGGCCAGGGCGGCAGCGGCGGGGACGGCUCCCUCGCGGACACGUGCGCCACCGGGCUGUACAACUUCGUGAACAUCGCCUUCAUCAGCUCUUUCGGCAAAGGCAACGGCCAGCCCCCGGUCCUGAACCUCGCCAACCACUGCGACCCCGGCGCUGGGACCUGCGCCGUGUUCAGCUCCGAAAUCAAGUCGUGCCAGGCGAGCGGCGUCAAGGUGCUCAUCUCCCUCGGCGGCGCCACGGAGACUUACUCCCUCACCUCCGACGACGAGGCGCGCGGGCUCGCCGACUACCUGUGGGACAACUUCCUCGGGGGCAGCUCACCGUCCCGCCCGCUCGGCGACGCCGUGCUCAACGGCGUCGACUUCGACAUCGAGAAGGGCGGCGUCGACCACUACGACGAGCUGGCCAGGGCCAUCUCGUCCCGCUGCGGCGGCGCGUGCGUGCUCACGGCGGCGCCGCAGUGCCCGUACCCGGACUUGCACCUCGACGCGGCGAUCAGGACGGGGCUCUUCAGCCACGUGUGGGUGCAGUUCUACAACAACGCGCGGUGCCAAUACGCGUCGGGGGACGCGAGCAGCCUGGAGAGCACGUGGAAGCAGUGGACGGCCACCGUGCCGUCACCCGGGAAUGUCUUCCUGGGGCUCCCGGCGGCGGAGAGCGCGGCGCCGAGCGGCGGGUACAUCGACGCGGACACGCUGCGGUCGCAGGUGCUGCCGGCGGUGCAAGGCGCGGCCAACUACGGCGGGGUCAUGCUGUGGGAUCGCGCAAGAGACGCCGCCUCGGGUUACGGCAACAGCGUGCGCGGGAACGUUUGAACGCUUACCAAGUGAACUGCUAGUAGCCUGCUAGUAUUAGUGAUGGCACGAGCAUGCAUGCUCAGUUGCUUCUUCCUUUCUCCUUAAAAUGAUGUCAUGCACGGCUACAUAUUCACUAGUCUCUAUGCACAGAUAAAUGAACCCGAUGCGGAUCUAUUUUGCCUUUCUCA